AUGAUUAUCGAUGCUUACGAAAUUUAUGGGCAUGAUCCUACCGAUAAAUUGGAUCAUCUUGCGCACUACCAGAUUGAGAUGAUGAAGAUUAAACGAGCUGCAGAUCAGGUCUUGCUUAUCGCUCUUGACGAUGCUGUGGACAACAUGCUAACCAUGUAUGACAACCAUGACACUAUAAAGACAGAAAGAGUAGCUACAUACAACGCGGGCGCUGGAGGCGCUGUGCCUACAGAAUUUUAUUUAAGCCAAGAAUAUUAUUGCGGCAAGAACGUAUAUAUCUUCAUAUCUGAAUUGUAUAGCGAUAUAUACAAUAUGGGAAGAGGUGUAUCUCCUUACUGCAAGGAUCGUGGGUUCCAUUUUCUCGGCUUCAUCCAUUUUAUGGAUGACACGAAAUACUUCCUCGAGGAAGACCCUAAUGUCGCUUUCCAGAUGGACAAUUAUAUACAUGGCUUGGAGUGUCAUGUCGGUGUUUGUAUUUAUAGAUUCCCCUUCAAAAAAGGCCUCCAGCACAUAAGAGAUGUAUCCACUAUGCCAAAAGCUAUAGUAAAGUGUGGAACGGAGGUAUACAAGCUGCCACCACUGACUGCUGCCUCAUGCAUCAUAACAUCAGGGUCUUUCAUACUCGACUUCAAUAUUCAGGGCAUACGGUUUAGACACUAUGAUUACAUGCUUUUCCUACCAAAUGGCCAUUCAUAUUACACAAAAGAGAAGUCUUCGCCGCUCACAUGUGACCAUCACGUCUGCGAAUGGAAUAACACUAACUUUUACGGAGGUCCAUUUAUAAUCCCUGGCGACCCAGGGACAGGUCUGUCACCCAUUCCGCCAUUCUUGGAACAGACAACAGAAAUGUAUUCAAUCUCUACAGAACCACCGGGUCAUGAAUACGCUAAUAUCACAUAUUCCCUAGAUGGAUGCUGGUUCAUGUUUCCACCAAAUUAUGGCUCAAUAGCUGGUAUUAGCUACUUAGAUCCGCUGACUGUCAACGAAUAUCGCUAUACGUGUACUGGAGCUGGUAACAACAAGGGCCUAUAUUGGUACCCACAAUGGAUGGGAGCACCCCCACAUCAUCCUUACCCGCAGUCUGGCGAUGUUCCAAGCGACAGAUCUGCAGCAGCGGCUGGCCCGUUCUAUCCGCAUCUUGGCAAACCGCCUCUUAAUGUACAACUACCCUCUGUCCAUCAAAAUUAA